AAGGGGUGACUAGUAACUACUAACUACAAGUAAACAAAUUAGAUUAGAUAAGAUAUUUCUUCUCCACCGAUCUAGGGUUUCGAUUCCCCCCUCUUGUCGGUCCGUAUCUCACGAUUCCCCCUACUAUUUAAAAAGACUUCUUUGAGGCAGUUUUCCCAUUGAUGCAACAUUGAGUUGUGCCAAGCUUGGAGCAUUUGGCUCCGAGUUUGGACUAGGGAUACAUCCCUUGCGGAGGUUGCACACAUCAUUGAUGAUUCUCUGAAUUGCUUAUAAUUUAUAGUCUGCGCUGGUCUUAGAUGGAUGAUGGUGGGCACCGUGAAAACGGCAGGCACAAACUGCCUCAGGGUCAGUGGGGGCUGAUACAGCAUCAUCACCCAACGAUGAAGCAGAUAAUGGCCAUCAUGGCCGAAAGAGACGGUGCCAUACAAGAGAGAAACUUGGCCCUUUCUGAAAAGAAGGCCGCUUUGGCCGAACGGGACACUGCCAUCCUACAAAGAGACACAGCCAUCGCCGAACGCAAUAAUGCCAUAAUGGAACGCGACAAUGCCAUCGCCACUCUUCACUAUCAUGAGAACUCCAUGAAACACGCCCACCACCACCCACACAUGGUUGAAGCCGCCGCCGCCGCAUACAACAACUCAAGGGAUAUCAUGAUGCAACACAUGAAUGAAGUCAUGCCCAUGUCACCGGCUGCACCCGAGCCGCCGCCGCCGCCACCUCCAAAGAUGGUGAGGCAGAACAAACGCGCCAAAGAGCCAAAACCCGCCGCCGCCGCCACUUCAUCUGGGAGUAAAAAGCCUUCAAAGCCAUCAAAGAGAGCCAAGAAGGAAGGUGGAGAGCUGAACAGGCAACAGCUGGUGGUUGUGUCAAAGCCGCCCGAUUGGAAGGAUCAGGACCUGGGGCUGAACCAGGUUGCCUUUGAUGAGUCAAUCAUGCCAGUCCCUGUAUGUUCGUGUACCGGAGAUUUAAGACCCUGUUACAAAUGGGGCAAUGGUGGUUGGCAGUCCUCUUGCUGCACUACUAAUCUGUCAAUGUAUCCUCUUCCGACCGUUCCGAACAAACGGCACGCUCGGAUCGGCGGCCGCAAGAUGAGCGGGAGCGCGUUUAAUAAACUGAUCAGCCGGCUUGCCGCAGAGGGGCACGAUCUGUCGAACCCCGUUGACCUGAAGGAGCACUGGGCGAAGCAUGGAACCAACCGCUACAUAACCAUCAAAUAAAUAAAUGUGUUGUUUAAUGGAGAAGGUAAUGACUCCCUCUUGGAUGUUGUUGUGUCAAGUUAGGUACCCCAAUUUAUUUUUACUGUAAUGUGCUUAUAUUACUGUCAUCCCGUGGUCUGUAAUUCUGUAAAUCUUAUGUUUACUGCUCUCCCUUAGUAUGAUUUAUUUUCUUUAACUGUAAUUUCAUGCUGCAAAUCCUUAUUCAUGGUAACCAAGAUUAGAAUGAAAGACAGACAAGAAC